GUUGACCCUAACCUUUGGUGUGUAACCUCAUUUCCAAGAUGAAAAUGGAAACAGACCAACAAAAUACGGACUUUAAGACUCUGGAGAAAGAUUUGGAAACUCAGGAACUCGAAGCAGCCAAUGGCAUUCCAAGUACAGAGGUCUAUGGAAGACUGCUCUGUUGCUACCUUCUACACAAUGAUCUAUGCAAUGCCAAGUUCUUAUGGAAAAGAAUUCCACAAAGUGUUAAAACAGCAACACCAGAGCUUAGCAACAUUUGGGCUGUAGGCCAGAAAAUUUGGCAGCGUGAAUUUCCAGGCAUAUACGAAACAUUGCAAAAAGAAUGGACUGACCCAUACAAGGACUUGCUGGCAGCUGUUUUAGAAGCGACCAGAAAGCGAGCAUUCAACCUAGUAGCAAACGCUUAUUCCUAUAUUGGUGUCGACGACUUCUCUGUGAUAGUGGGCUUGCCUGUUAAUGAUGCUGUUAAAGCUGCUCAGGACCGGGGCUGGACUGCAGAUCAGAACUCAAGGCUGGUUAUGCCUAGCAAACCUGUGCCUGACACGGAUCCAUUGCUUCCCAGCGAACAGCAGCUGUCAGUUCUUACAGACUAUGUAUCGUUCUUGGAAAGUUGAUGAUUAUAAGUGCUUAAACUUUGCUAUUAGUGGUAAUGAAUUCUUACAGUGCUCAUCAUUUCAUAAAGCGGAUGUCAGAGAUGUUAAAUUUUGAUGCCUUGUGACCCCAUAAUUUCAUACUUUUUGUGUCAUUUGACGAGGAACUGCUUGUUGAUUAUUGUAAUGUAAUAUAAAGGACUGAGAAUAAUACGCUAUAGAAGAAGCUAUUUCAAUGUGUGUUUUUGUUUCUUUUAGCUGAAACACAAUGUGAAAUAAAUUUUAUUAAUAUCAAUGAAUUUUUGUUUUCAUAAUCUUUCGCUACACACACAAAGUGCUGAAAUGCAUCCAGACUAAUACCCAGCAGGCAUCCAAAAUUGCUAUAGGUACAAAUAUUGAAGAACAUGUAAAUUGAGAUAGGUGACCGUGAAUUGUAAUAUGCCAAAAGUGCUCACAACUUAUUACAUGUUGCAUCUUAGUGGAAAUUUUCAAUUUAGAAAAAUGGAGUUAUUUUUGUUAAUUGACUUCAAUGCAAACAUUGGUCAAAAAUAGUCCUGCACCAAAAAUGUGAAAAUAAAUUAAUCCUAAGAAAAUGGUCAAAAGUAAUACAUUAAUAUGGGUAAAUCUGAUAAAUUAUAGGGGGUGUUUACAGUCAUCAAAUUUACCGGUAGUCUUAUGGAUGAACAAGCCAGAAAUAUAAUACUACUGCUUGGCAUAACAUUUUUGAACAAGCCCUGCUGUAUAAAACCCAGAAUUUGAGCAAGCCCAAAUAGAAAUUAAUGCUUUUACCAGUGCAGGGCUUGUGAUCUUGUGCUAUUUUCGACCACUGUGUUUAAAAUAUUUGUUGUUAGAAAUUUGACAUUUAUCACAAAGUUGAAAAUAUUCACUAAGAAGCUUUAUUAAGUCCCUGUCCUGCUUGAAUAUUUUCCUGAUAUAAGACCUGUAAGUGGUCAAGUUAAAUAUCGAUCAUGUCUUGGACAUGAUCAGCUAUUGAAGUUUCCAUGGAAUCAACUUGUUGGUUAUAAUUAUCGAGUUUAUUAGAAAAAAAUAUGUACGUUUAUAUUUACAUGUAUACUGAUUAUUUUUGUCAUUUUGCUGAUGUAACAAAUAAUUUUUCAUGUAUUUGGUUCUUGCAGAUUAUUUUGUACAUUAGAAGUGAAGAAAUACAAGAGAGUUCUAUAUAAAAGCCAAAAGUUACUUCAAGGGUUUUAUUGUAAAAUAUUUUCUCAUUUUGAGAAAUAUAAGACAACAUACCGUACAAUAACAAUUUUAUUCAGGGGACAUAGCUUAGAUUUUGACAUUUCAGCAUUUUUGCUUUGUACACGACAUAGAUCAGGUUUAUUAUGAGUGUAUACUGAAAAUGAUGUACUUGUAUGAAUGUUAAAAUAAUAAUGUAUGUGACUAUUUCUUCUAUGUAACUCGUGCACUAGUGAUCACUAGAUUAUUGAAGACUUUAGCUUCUUUUGUGAUAUAACUAUAAACAUGCAUUAAACAAAUCGGAAUUCCU